GGUGGUCUCACCAACAGCGCGCACUGAUACAAUUUCAGUGGAUGGGAAAAGGAUCAACGCUAAUCCACGGACCAGAAUGAAGGAGAUGGUCGGUGGAUGUUGUGUCUGUUCAGACGAUCGCGGCUGGUCGGAAAAUCCGCUAGUGUACUGCGAUGGUCAAAGUUGUGCUGUGGCCGUGCACCAGGCGUGCUACGGAAUUGUAACCGUACCAAGUGGACCUUGGUACUGUCGGAAGUGCGAGAGUCAGGAACGUUCGGCGCGGGUUCGGUGCGAACUGUGCCCGUCGCGCGAUGGGGCGCUCAAGCGAACGGACAACCAGGGCUGGGCGCAUGUCGUCUGUGCGCUCUACAUACCCGAGGUGCGUUUCGGCAACGUAACUACGAUGGAACCGAUCAUCCUGCAGCUGAUCCCGCAGGAACGGUACAACAAAACAUGCUACAUCUGUCAGGAGAUGGGCAAAGGAUCUCGUGCAACUGUGGGAGCUUGUAUGCAGUGUAACAAAUCUGGCUGUAAGCAACAGUUUCAUGUCACUUGCGCCCAACAGCUCGGUCUGCUGUGCGAGGAAGCCGGCAACUAUCUGGACAAUGUGAAAUAUUGUGGAUACUGUCAGCAUCACUACAGCAAACUGAAAAAAGGAGGUAAUGUUAAAACGAUUCCACCGUACAAACCCAUCAGUCAUGAAGCAAACUCAAGCGAUGGGCAAUCGUCGCCCGAGAAAGAAAUGGAACCACCGUCAGCUCAGCCACACUCGAGCGCCAGUACCGCAGGAUCCAGCGGUACUGGUGGCGGUAGUGGUGGUAGCGGUGCCGGUGGAAGUAAUAGCUCAAGCAGUGGGCUUAAGUCUAGCAGCCGACUGUCCGGUGAACCGAACAUCGGUGGCUCAUCGUCUACCUCCUCUUCCUCCUCGUCAUCAUCCUCCAAGCAGCGCAAGUCUUCAAGUGCAUCGAAGAGUUCGAGCGGAUCUAGCUCGAAUCCGUCACUAUCGUCGUCCUCAUCGUCCUCGGUACAAACUGCAGGUGGAGCAGGUUCUGGCAGUGGAUCCGGUAUGUCGGGUUCUUCAUCGAUAUCUGCGUUGUCUUCACUGUCUGCAACGGGUUCGUCAACUUCGUCCGGAAUUUCGAGCAUGUCCGGAAGCGGUGGUAUCGAUGAUCGACGAGUGAGCAAUAGCAGUAGCGGUCUUGGUGGUUCUGGCACUACCGGAAGUGUUAGCAGUAGUGGCAGUUCGAGUAAGAGCAGUUCCGGCUCGUCCAUUGGCACUGGUGGAAAUGGCAGUUCGGGCAGUACCUCCAAGGAGAAGGAUAAAUAUAGCAAAAGUCGCGACAAGAGCUCCAAGUCAUCGAAAUCAUCAAGCAGCAACAGCGGCGGCAGUAACAGCGGCACCAGUGGAGGUAAUGCAAGCAAUUUUAACAAUAGUACAAGUACCAGCAGUAGUAGUUCCGUUGGAGGAAACACAAACCAACCGAAAGACGUCGAUAUGGGUGCUGCGUCCGGAACGAGCACAGGUUCGCUGGGAUCGCUAGGCGCAAAUGCAUCCUCACAGUCUGUUUCACAAGGAGGAUAUUCGUCGACCUCCGGCAGUAGUGGCAAUGUAUCCGCUCCUGCUGGAAGUACCAACAGCUCCACCAAACAUCACUCGGAUAAGCUGGACAAAGGUAGCAGCAGUCAGAGUGGAUCGUUAUCCACCAGUUCGAUUUCUGGAUCGGGUGCUACAAUACCGUCUGCUAGCACACUUAUCAUGAAGACACCUUUGGACCAUUCCGGAGGCAGCGGGAAAGAACAGCUGUCGAAGGAAACAAACGCGAAAACAUCGACCUCGGGCAAUUUCUCUGACUCGAUCGUGGUCAAUUCCGAUACGGUGUAUAAUCACGUUGGUUCGGUGGGAAAUUCUGGCUCGACGUCCGUGAUCGAGAGCAGCAAGCUGGCACUUGGGACGGGAUCGGGUGGUACUUCAAGUGGUUCGUAUGGUGGAGUUGGUGGUAGUACCGGCAGUGGCAGUACGACGGGAGGGAGUAGUAGCGGAGGUAAGAAACGAAAGGCCGAUGCACGCUCCACACCGACGUCGUCUGCCGGAAGCAAUGAGAUGGACUCUAAUCGUGACCUGAUCAGGGAUGUCGCAGUAUCGCUAGUGCCAUUGUCGCUGAGUAAAAACGAUCAUAUUGAUCCUUUGUCGAUCGGAGUGCACGAAAAAAACGUAAAAAAGGCGAAAACCGAAACCAACUCUCCGCUGCAGCAGCAACAUUCGGCGGCAGCAGCGACGUCGGCGGUGGCGAUCCCAGCACCAACGGAACCGAAUCUACAAAAUGCCACACCGAACCUCAUUCAGUCGACGCACGCAUCGAGCAUCAUUUCAUCCUCAACAUCAUCGUCUACCACCGGCAAACACCAUCAGCAAACGCCUCACUCGCCUCAACAACAGCCAUCGUCGUCACACACACCGAGCCUGGUGGUGUCGGUUCCACUGUCGACGGCUACCGUACCUGGAGUUAAUCUACCCGCUAGUAAUAGUAGCAAUAGCAGCAACAAUAAUCAUAGCGCUAGUCUUAGCAGCAGCAGCAACAGCGGCAAUAGCAACAGUACCCCGAAUAUUGUAUCACCCGGUGGCCAGUUGGGGAAUAGCGCCGCCAACGCGAGCAUCAGCGGGAACAGUACUAGUAGUAGCAACGCUGGAGGCAACUCACUCUACCAACAGCUUUCACACCGGUCCGGUGAUCAGUUGAUGAAUGCCAGUACGAAUCGCUCUAGUCCCGUGAUACAACAGCAAACGACGGCACAGAACAUUAUACAGUCGUCUUCCUCCGCCGCCAACUCCUCCUCAUCCGCCACCGGAUCCUCGGCGACAUCCACGCCAUCACUCGAACGGCAUCAUCAUCAUCUCGAACGGCAAUCACCGUCGAUGCGAUCGUCCCCGGCUAGUGGUGGUGGUGCCAAUGUUAUAACCUCACUGCAGCACCACAGCCAAUCACAGCAGCAGGAUCUGCUGUCCCCAGCCGGUUCUGUACCACCGGGUGCAGGCGGUGGUUCCGUACUGCAGAGCAUUUCACCCGUCCCGAUGAGCACGAUCCAACGCACCUCUUCGCCAUCGACGCUGCUCGGUGGCGAUAGCAGUAAUAGUAGCGGUGGUGGUGGGCUUAAGUUUAGCUACGAAAAACAACCACCCACGACGAACGCACGGAUAGCAGCGCUACAGGAAGAGGAAUCGUCUACCGGGCGGCGAUCCAGGUACGGAUCACACUCGAGAGAGCGCAGUGGAGGCAAUGGUGGAAACAACACAACCGGUACUACCGGUGGAACUGGCAGCAACAGUGCUGGUAGUAGUGGUGGUGGUGGUGGUAAUAGCGGUGGUGGUGGUGGGAAAACUCGAACAUCUAAGAAGCGUUCCCAACAGCAGCAGCAACAGUCGCAACAACCCGAUCGAGGAUCACCUUCGAUCAUGGUGGAAUCUUCAGGAACUCGUGGAAGCAAUCGAAAUAUUCCAUCAUCACCAUCUCCGUCACAUCCACCGUCCCAUGACGGGGGUGGACAGUCGUACUCGUACGCCGACGAUCAUCAUGUAUCGCAGUAUCAUCAUCAGCAAACGGGUUUGGGUGGAAGUAAUGCACCACCGGCCGGAGGAAAUAAUGCUAGCAAUAAUGGCAGCGUUCUCUCCAUGGCAGCUGGAACGGGAUCCACAACAGCGUCGGUUGUCGUAGGGAAUUCCUCAUCUUCACAGAACAACCAACACCAUCAUCAACAGCAUCUGGCACAGCACCAUCAGCAGCAGCAACAGCAACAACACUCUCACCACCAUCAGCACCACCAGCAACAUCAGCACCAUCACCAUCAUCAACAUACGCAUCAUCAGCAGCAAUCUGGCGCAGCGGCGUCCAUAAACGAAAAGCUUUCUUCGAGCGGUGCUUCACUUCCUUACUCUACUCAGUCUCAGCAUCAAUCUAAUGCUAACAGCAACGCUUCCAUUAAUGCCACGUCCUCCACCAUCUCAUCUGUUGCUUCUUCUGGCGGUGUUGUCGCAUCUUCUGUUUCCUCUUCUACUACUCACUCUAACAACUCUUCCAAUUCUGCCGGUGUCAGGGUCGAGGCUGGAUCUUCCUCCGGCGGUGUACAUCCGGUGAUUGAAAUGGCGGGUCAUGGCGGUACACAUGGCUAUCACGGUGGUAUUGGUGGGAUCAUUUCCGGAUACUCAAACAGUAGUAGCAGCAACCCACCCGGAAGCGUCAAAUCUAACCAGAACCAUAGCAACACCGCGACUUCCACCAUUGACAACUAUCAUCAACACCCACAUCAACAGUAUCAUGGUGGUCUUGGUUCGGCCGGACACAGCGUACUAACUAGCGUCAGCAGUAAUAACAGCAGCAGCAGCAACAACAUUGUGAACAGUAGUAUUAGUAACAGUAGCAACAGUAACAACAGUAUCCUUAGUAGCAAUAUUAACACCUCCACCAUCACCACUACCAUCAUCACCACCUCCUCCACCAUCGCAAGCAGUAGCACUACUAGUGGCAGUAACAGUAACAGCAAAAACACCAGCAUCAUCAGUAGCAAUAGCAGCGGUGUGAGCGGCGGCACCAGCAGCCACACUACUAACAGCACAACUGGCAACAACCAUUCUCUAUCUAACAGUAGCAGCAGUACCAUCGUAACAGCGGUUGCCCAUCCGAACAAAAAGCACCGUGGCGCUUCGCACCAUCAAACAAUCGUUGAACUUUCGCCAUCACCAUCUACUUCCAGAACGCCGGAAAUGAUCGUAUCGGGUGGCACACCGUACAGCAUGACCUCCUCGUCCUCCUCCACACUGACGGCGUCUUCUUCGUCCUCCUCUUCCCUGUAUGGCGGCGGCACAGGAGGAGGUGGAUUGAAGUUUUCGUACGAAGCACAACCCACGAAUCCAUUGGUGGCCGUAUCUACUGCCUCCAUGAUGAGCAACAGCGUUAUUGCUGUGCCGCAAGUAAAGGACUCUCCGCCAAGUUCUCCCGGAUCGGAUGUAGGCGGCACUUCGGCCACUACAAUUGUUAGUGGCCGUGGAACAAAACGUAACCGCAAGAUGUCAUCCAAUGCUGGACCGAGUGGAGCAACUUCAACCGCUGCCGGAACUGGGCCCACAAUUGUACCAAGUUCAAUCGUAGCUGGAGGAAAUGCAUCUGUGAAUGAGGCGAAAGAUGGAAGGCUGUUCCAGAAUGGCGGCGCUAGUAGUGGUGCAGGUGGAGGUGGUUCGAUCGUGUCAGCUACCCAUAUGCUUGGCAAUCAGCUAAAUCCUAGCAGUAGCGUGGCGCAAAAAAUGUCCGAACAGCUGAGCAUGGAUAUCGAAGCGCAUUCGUACGUACCCAGUCCGAUCGAUCCAGGGCCAGCACUAAUGGGACCACAGUUCCCGGGAAAGAAUCGCACAAACAACCCGCAACCUGUCAUGCCGGUCGGUGGUGGGGGCGGCAACUCUUUAAGCUCGAUGCUAACGGGUGGGGGUACGGCGACGGCUAAUGGAAAUACUCCGCAAAGCUUGGAACAGCUGCUGGAGCGGCAAUGGGAACAAGGAUCUCAGUUUCUUAUGGAACAAGCGCAGCACUUCGACAUUGCCUCUCUGCUAUCCUGUCUUCAUCAGCUGCGGAGUGAAAAUAUUCGGCUGGAAGAGCACGUCAAUAAUUUAGUCGCCCGAAGGGAUCAUCUGUUGGCGGUGAAUGCACGGUUAGCGAUCCCGCUCAAUCCUACUGCAGCACUUGGUGGUGUUGGUAUCAUCGGAGGAUCGGGCAAUUCCGGUCCUGCUGGCGGUGGUGUUGGUGGAGGUUCCGCUAUCGUUGGUGGUGCAGCUAUCGGAUCUGGGCAAGGACAAUUUAACAACAUUCACGGCAAUGGUCCAAUCGACGCGAACGUCAUCACUAACGCCGCUACAAUCUCGAGCCGAUCCAUCCGGGGACAGCACGGUGGUCCACCGAAUCAACAACAGCAGCAGUCCGCGCAAGGUCCUGCCAGUCACUUUGGGUCCAGUGCGGGCAGUAAUGCGCCGGGACUCCCUCAGGAAAAUGGUAUCGAUUUCCGACACACCAAUUCCUCCCAUUCGGCCACAAAUAGCGCUUCGAUAAGGCGUAAUUCACCUUCAAAUCAACCGUACCCACUGUCUGCUGGGGUCGGUACUGGUGGUGGAACCUCACGAGGAUCAUCUGUGACCUCCUCAUCCAACACGCCAGCAGGCGAAACGCUCCCUGCCACUGGACCGACCCGCGGUAACACGAUGCGAACAUCAGCUUCCGGACAGGGGAGUGUGUCUAGCGCCGCCAAUAGCAACAGCAAUAGUAGUAGCAGCAACAGUAGCAAUGCCACCGGUAAUGGGCCAACGGUUGCUGGUAGCUUGAACAGUUCCGGUGCCGGCACUUAUCCCGCAACGCGUGAACAACAGCAAACAAUCUACAACACUGCACAUCAGCCUACACACCAAUUACGCCGAGACGAUAUACCGCUCUUACUCGAGCACCAUCAGCAGGAACAUUUGCAUCAUCAUCACCAACUUCCUCCCCACCACCCCAACCUCCUUUCUGCUCCACCUUCUGCCCCUCCUCUGCCUCCUCCACCCCAUUCGCAAGCAUCUACGCACCUUCAUCCACCAGCAACGUCGGUGCAACCGGCUAUUCAAGGAACACUUCCGGUGCAACAAAACCAUCACCACCACCAGCAGCAGCAGCAGCAAUCGAACAGCAACAACAACAACAGUAUUAUGCCACUAUCAAACCCCUCAUCGUCCCAUCAGCAGGUAACGGUGGGCCGAGUAGUGGCCCCAGUAACGACCUCGGCAAGGAUCACUGCCACAGCGCACCAUCACAGCGUAGCUAUGCAGCAUCCACGAACGACCGGUUCGAACCAUCUGCAUCAUCACCCCUAUGCUCCACAUCCGUACAUGUCCCAUCCGCACGGGAACCACCUGCAACAUCGACCGUCGGUAUCCUCCUCCCCACCUGCCGGAAACGUCAACGUGAUGGCGGGCCACCAUCACAACUCGCACGAUGGGCCACCGACAAUCGGGCGGGGACAAGCUAUCAACACAACGCCGCCACCGCAACCAUCGCAACCGGCGGCUUUGGUGGACCGGAUGGUGGUACACUCCCAACGGCCGCCAGCUCACUGA